UGUACUUUGUCUGCAGUCUCUGGUCAUCUCCUGUACUGUGUCCGCAGUCUCUGGUCAUCCCCUGUACUACGUCCGCAGUCUCUGGUCAUCCCCUGUACCACGUCCGCAGUCUCUGGUCAUUCCCUGUACCACGUCCGCAGUCUCUGGUCAUCCCCUGUACCACGUCCGCAGUCUCUGGUCAUCCCCUGUACCACGUCCGCAGUCUCUGGUCAUCCCCUGUACCACGUCCGCAGUCUCUGGUCAUCCCCUGUACCACGUCCGCAGUCUCUGGUCAUCCCCUGUACUAAGUCCGCAGUCUCUGGUCAUUUCCUGUACUACGUCCACAGUCUCUGGUCAUUUCCUGUACUACGUCCGCAGUCUCUGGUCAUUUCCUGUACUACGUCCGCAGUCUCUGGUCAUUUCCUGUACUACGUCCGCAGUCUCUGGUCAUUUCCUGUACUAUGUCUGCAGUCUCUGGUCAUUUCC